UUCAAAUAUAUCAUUACAUUUCCUCCCAAACGAGCGACAUUGUGGCACUAACUGAUGGUUGUAUGGGGGAGUUGUUUAUGGCUCUAUCACUUUGUACGUGCUGAAGAAAAUGAAAGCAUAAAUCAAACAAAAUAUAGUUAUGACACCGUAAUCAUCUAAUUGGACUGUAUUCUAUCUAUGUCCAUGGUCUUGUCAGAAUGACCCUAUCAUGGCAUUGUCUGAUGUCAUAUCUAGGGAUUUCCUAAUUUGCGGGGUGUUGCUUAGGGUACUAUCCUAAGUUGAUAACUAUAUGAUAAGUCUACAGCUGUAAGACACUCGUUUUGGGCAGUCUACAGGGAUGACCUAUGGACUUCUGAGAAGAGAACUGGUGAGUGCUGUAGCUGUAGAGUUAAAGGCCUCAAAAUAAAUGUUCAACUUUACUAAGGCUGGUGUUACCCACAGACCAACGUCAUGACAUACUGCUUGGCUAUUUAAGGUCUGUAGGAAGCCAGACCAUCUCAUACUUCCCUUCUCACAGAUAGUUAGUCAGAAAAACAGACAGAGAGACAGGCAGUUAGGUAGACGAGCAGACAGACAUGGCCAGGCUGGACGUGACAGAGACCUUCCAUCACAUCUCAUUCCCUGGGCACAUUCACACCCAGGACUCCCUGAACUAUGCCCUCCACUUCCAGUUUCAGGACAGGGACACUGUCAUCGCCACCUACCCCAAAUCAGGGACUACCUGGAUGCAGGAGAUUGUCACUCUUGUGAAAAACAGAGGGGACCCACAACUCUCCAAAACUGUGCCCAACUGGGCACGAGCCCCCUGGCUGGAACAGCAUUACAGUGCAAAGGUGCUGGAGGCCACCCAGGGGCACCGAAUCCUCACCACUCACCUGCCCUACAACCUGCUGGCUUCUGCACUCCAGGGCUCCAAAGCUAAGGUUAUCUAUGUCGCCAGAAACCCCAAAGAUGUUGCUGUGUCAUAUUACCACUUCCAUAAAAUGGCCAAGUUCCUCCCAGAACCCAAUUCAUUUGAUGAGUUUCUGGAUAGUUUCCUGGAGGGAUCAGUGAGUUAUGGGUCCUGGUUCGAUCAUGUGAAAGGCUGGACGAGUCAAGCAGGAGUCUUGGCAAAUGUUCUUUAUAUCUCUUAUGAGGAGAUGUGGCUGGACCUGCAAGGCUCGAUGGAGAGGAUCAGCUCUUUCCUGCAGUGCCCCCUGGUGGGCGAGGAGUUAACCAACUCCCUGAGACACUGCAGCUUCAGCAGCAUGAGCGAUAACGCCAUGGUGAACUACACUCAGAUCCCAAAGGAGAUCAUGGACCACAGCAAAGGCAAAUUCAUGAGGAAAGGUAUAAUCGGUGACUGGAGAAACACUUUCACAGAGGAGCAGAUUGGUAUUUUCGACACCGUCUACAGCUACCAGAUGAAAGACUGUCCCUUGACCUUCAUGUGGGAGUGUCCUCCUGAGGCCUGUGGGGAAGGAGGAGGAGGACAGGCCUCUGGGGUAUCAGGAUAGGGCCCUUAUCCUCCAUGACGCCGGAGACUGAUGGAUACGCUUCAUACAAGUCCUGGAUUCUCUCACUGAUGUUCUGUGUUUUUGUGAAUGUACAUAUAAUGUACACAACACAAUAUAGUAAAACUAUAUAAUGAAAUUGAUAUGUUAAUAUAACAAAAAAUAUUUGUGUGUGACCUAUUGUUGUUGUAGUUGGGUUUUUCCACCUCUAUAAAAAAUCUAAAUGUUACAGUUAACUGAAUGAGAGUGAGUUUCUCCUCCAUCUUGGCUUGUGCUGCAAUAGCUAGAUGAAGGGACACGAGGGGGACAUUUAACUCCCUGACAUUGACACAUUGGAAAACCUCCCAGUUUGUGGCAGUGCAUCAAGCAGAAGGGAUGAUAUAUUAACUCCAGAAAGGCUGACGUGUACAUAAAAAGCUGCUGUUACAUCAGUCACAUAGCU